AUGGCUCACGUUAGCACGGUGUCGAUUCGGAGCAUACGCAGGCUACCAACCCCAACCUUUCAAGCUCCAUACGGCUGUACAUCUCAAAUUCGCUGCUUGUGGGGAUGCUCGCAUGAAAAAUAUAACCGCGACCGACACAAGAGGCACAUAGAGUACAUACUCAGCAGGCACCAACGCCAACGAAGACCUCGUCAUCCCUUGCGGGACCAUCAGACCAUAUACCCAGAUCACCACUAUCAGUCGUGGCGGAAUCCAACAUGGGACUGGGGCUGGAACAGCUUCAAACCCAACUUUCCUGAGACCCAGGGUAGGCGCAGACAGGAGCAUGACCAUGACUCCUGGGAACAUCAGGCACAGAAGCGGAUGGAACGGAUUAGGAAGGAGAUAGAGGCUGAUCCAUACGCGGUCUUGUUUGGGCGAAGACUGGAGCCGUUUGCUUCAAACUUCGGGGUCAGGUUUGAGAAUGGGUUUACUUCGUUGUGGCGGUCGUUGUUUGGUCUUGAUAAGCCGGAGAAUGAUACGAGGAGUAAUAUUGGGAGGAGAGUCAAGGAGGAUUCGCGGAGCGCCUCUGGUGGUGACAUGCGGGUUACUGAAUCUGAACGGGCACAAAGUCAACCUUCGCCGGACUCAACGGAUGCUAGGUUUGAAUUCGACCCUGUCAGCGGUCGUAUGGUUCCCAAACGACCUGAAGAUGAUUACGUUAUAGAAGGGCAAGCUGCGGCACAUGGAUCCUCCAAAGACUUUGACAUCUCAUCAUUAAAGAAUGCUGAAGCAAAGCCAUACGAUUUCUCUAAAUCAGAUAUUGUCGGCAGCUCAAAUAAGGGAGACAUCACUAUACCUGAAAGUUCAGCAGCGCCUGAGGGUACAUCUGGAUUCAUUAUUACCCCUCAAAGUCAAGCCUCCAAUUUUGCCCCGACUAAUAAAACCAUGGAUGGCAUACCUAAACCCCUUGAAGAGUCUCAAGGAGCUGCCGAUGCCGAGCCGUUUCAGCUAAAUCAAAAACCUGAGCACCCAAUGCCGCCAGAUAACGAUAGCUACGGCGCUCUAUCGAAUGACAACAUCGUUAAACCAAGCCAAAUUUUCGGCGCAGAAAAGACUGUUUCUGAAAAACCAGUAGUGAAGCACCACAAGGAAGAAGGCCUCGAUAGGGCGGGUUUCCUUUCCAGACGUGAAAGCGAAAAACCCAUGUCUACAGCAAUUGAUGAGGGACUUGAUCAGUUGCGUGCCAAUGAUAUCCGAGCUGUCUAUGAGCAGAGAAGAUUAAGCAUCGAAUCGGAGCUCGAAACCGAGGCACCUAAAGAUUUAGGCGAGACUUCCGCCGAUGCUGUGGAUGUCGAUAACAACAAUAAGCCUGUGGAAAACCUAAAUGCCGACUCAUCAGCGCCACCUAGCGAGUGGCCUAUGAAUACCUUUUUAAACAAAUCAAACGAACAAGCCCCAGAUAUAAGCACCUCGCACCAUGAGGCACCAACGACGGGUGAUACCUCAAAUGCCGAAGUAUAUCGCAUAUUUGCAUAUGAUCCGUCUUCACUUUCAGUGACAGAAGCCGAAACUACCUCAUCGCUCCAAGCAUCAAGCGGGCAUCUACGUCCGGCCGAAGUGCUCACGCGCUUGACGAAUCCCGCCAAGUUCCUGCCAUGUCUUAAUCAAAUGCAUAAGGAGGGAUACGAAAUUGUAUCAGGUGGAGGAGAUAUUCUUGUAUUUCGAAAGGCUCCUGAAACAAAAAGUUCAACCGUCAACGAUACUCAAAUGGAGGAUGUCCCAGAAACCAUCGCUGAGGAACACCCCGAUGAAGCGGCUGUGGUCCAACCAGCACAUGAUGACUUUUAUACCGGGAAUUCGUCUUAUAACCAAUCAUCUACCGAGCAAUCACAUUCGAAGAGCGCUCCGAAGUCUAGGUUUCGAAAAGUACUACGGCGAAUGUUCGUUAGUGGUGUUGCCACAGCGGGUACAUGCUAUGCGAUAGGCGUUGUUAGUGAGUAUUUCAGGACUGGAGGAGUGGACGGAUGGGGGAUUGAUGGGUUCACAGAAUUUGAGUCAGAAAGACGCCAUAUGGAGCGUUAA